AUGGUCUCAUCUGUGCCAUUCGAUGUUCUGAAUGACCCUCAAGCUGCGAUACAAGAGCUUUUUGAUCAACAUCUUCAGUCGCAGUCUUCAAUCGAAUUUCACUCUGUUCUCAGUAAUCAUUUCCGAGAAAUUUUUGAUCAGGAGCAACGUUUGGAAUUGAGCUCAAGUAACUCUUCCUCAACCUCGCCCCGUCUGGUACAAUUUCGCGGCAUGGUUCAGGACACCUCUGCGUCUCCGGAAUUGUAUCUCUCGCAACUCAGAGAAGGGAAAUAUGGUGGCUGGGGCGCGCAUGAAUCAAUGGACGAACAUAUCGACUAUUCAAAUCUUCGUGAAUGCACCCGAUACUGGGUGAUCAGUGUUCCUGGUGAAACUGAGUGGGCCGGACAGACUCGCACGGACGCUGUUCUGGCUUCAACGUCAAAAAACUCAAAUCGAAGCGCGGAUCACAAGUUUCCUCUGCCUUCCACUGCACAUAUCGGUGUCCAUACCAAUAUCUACUCUGUACAAUCAGACCCUGACUUGAAGAGUACUGACAUUGCGACGUUCGUCGGUCUCUUUGAAGCAGAACGCGAUACAUUACAUGUCUUGUUUCAUCUGCACGAGAACACAGCGCACAAACCAUAUCGAGUGUAUCCUCUGACGAUGACCGACACGCACGAAUCGACCUCAUUGGAAAAGGGAAAUCGAGCCCUUCAACGCGAACUCGUCAAAUGGAUAGCGGAUGAAUCAUUAGCAGGCGACAUGGAUGCAGCAGAAUGGGUUUUGUUAUCUAUAAUCUCCCGAGUCCAAUCGCGACACCCACCGAUCAUCCCCGCUUCCCUCACUCUGGCGCGUUUUCCGCCUCCACCUGCAAAAGUGGUACCUACUGCUUCAACGUCUGAUACCCCCGAUGUGUAUAGACUGGAAACGUCUACUGGCACACCAGCCCUUUACCAUGUUCUAUCUCUUCUCUUGCCCAUCAUAACACAUGUGCCUCUAUCCCUGCCGUUGUUAAACGACGGGGUAUUCUUCCCCGAGUCCAAGCCUCGGCCGCGAUCAGAAGGUGCUGACGAAGAGCCAGAGGACGAGCUCUACUCCGGUUUACUUCAACUCGCCCCGUCGACGGUAUGCCUCAUCACAGAUUCCAGUGUCACGGAGGGCCAAAUCAACGAUCGCGGAGUUCGGAACCUUAGAGCGUUACAAGAGGUCAUUCGCAAUCAAACCCUCGAAUAUGUAUUCCCGUAUAGUGUAUACCGCUUCGAGACCGACAUCGGAUGUAUCGUCUGCACGGAAGGGAAAAAGAGUGCUUUAGUGGAAACGCACACAACUAUUCCACUGAGACCCGCCGAUUCGUUGUCAACUUCAGAGCUCCAGAAACGACUAUAUAAAUUACCAGAUGAGCUAAACCUUCCUCCCAUCGAGAAACUGGAAGCAUGGCGGAAGUUGAUUGGAGUACCUGUAGGAGGGAUUGGGGUUUCCAAUGCAGCAGCCGAGCUUAUCCAGGAGGAAUUCGUACAGGAAAGGCAAAACGAAGCGCAAAGAUCACAAUCUUCCGUUGAGAGGAAAGCGCAAACUACAAUAACCCCAGAUGACCUGAUUCAUCGUAUAUUGUUAGCUCUCUCGACGCACGAGCCAGAGGUAUCUAUAGACGUCUGGAAGCGGAUGAAGGACUUGGAAAGCCGGAGGCUAGCGAGGAUGGCAUAG